ACAUCCUAUUGGCAAAUUGCAUAGGGCAGCCGCUCAUGUCAGACAAUUCAGGUUUCUUCUGGGAAUUGAUCUUGGAUUUGGAAUUUUCUCUUUGCCCUAUAUGUGACAGGUUCAGCAGACAACUCCUGAGGUUUAGAUAAGCUAUGAGGAACUGAAGUGGAGCCUUCUCAAAGACAGUGAGCUUGGUGCUGGGCAGAUCUCAGCAUUUCUUCCUGACUGUUUUAUGCAAAUCCCCCUUGGAAGCAUCGUGGAUCACCAUUACCAAAUCUGUUUCAUACUGAUUGUAUCUUCAGCAUGUCAGGUCCUCUCCAGUUUUUAGACCAUUCUGUUCCAGGAAGGCCUGCUAUUGGAGAAAGCAAAGGCUCUCAGGAGGUAAAGCUCUCAGAAGUCAAGCAUCUAUCAGCUCACACAUCUCCGAAAAAUAACCCUGUGGCUUGUUUUGAUCCGUCUCUUGAAGUCCUUCCUGUCAGGAACCCAAUCAUGUCCCACAAAAGGGCGGCUGACACAAUCCAUCCUGACCUUGCUGGUUUGUUGGUGAAAAACAAGAAUCUGUUGGCCAAGCUAAGAAAUCUUCAAAAUAAACUUGUCAUGAAAGAAUCUUUUUUGCAAGAGAUGAAGAGUGAACUAGAAAGUUACAAAGAAAAUAAUGUGCAGCAGUCCUUCCAGAUAAUGUCCCUGAAAGAUGAUAUCAAGGACCUAGAGAACCUUAUUGCUUCUCUGACCAGAAUUAAGUCUUUGAAAAACAUCAAUAUUCAGAAUCUUGAAAGAGGCAACUGGGAUCUAACUGAAAGAAUUAUAGAACUAGAAAACCGUUUAAGAGUACAUCUGCUUGAAAGAGAAAAGGCAGAGCAAAAAGCAAACCUUUUGGAGAAAAAGUUGGCAGGUGGUAGCAGAUUCAUCCCACUUAUAAAUAUCAAUGGACAAGAAGAUUUCUUGGAUAGUUUCAUGAUAAAGGAGAACAGUGAAGCCAUCCUGCCCAAGAACAUAGAGCAAGACAACAUUUUUCACUCUGAAGGACCAAAAGAUCUACAGAAAAUUUGGGAUAAAUGUCAACGAGAUUUGUUCCAUAAAGAAAAACAAAAAUAUGAGCUAGAUAGACCUCCUUGUUCAUUCAGCUGGGAAACUAAAACUGUGGAAUCCCACUAUCAGAAAUUCCUUGGUGAAUUGGCUACUCUUCUGAGCAACAGUAUGGACCCCAUACCUGCCACAGAGGAAGCUGUGAAAGGGAGGAUUCAGGAAAUUAGUGCAAAUGAGCAAUCUUGGAAGUUUAGAACUGAAGGCCUUCAGCAGGAAAUUCAGAUGCUCACUGAGCGACUGGAUCAGCUCCAUCAACACUAUGAAGCAUGUGUUCAAGAAUUAUCCCAAACUGAAAAAAAGUGUAGGGAACAAAAAAGACCUUUGAAACAUCUGGAAGGAAAAAUUGCCACUACUGACUUUUUUCAAGGGAGAUUAGACUUGGACAGGGAUAAAGAAAACACAGAGACUAAAAAUUCCCAGAUAGAGGAGCACAGGAUGUUCAAACAGUUAGAGAAAGACAACAAACAACAAACACUGUGGAAUACUCAGCAAAAUUUGCAGAUGGAUACAACUCAAAAAUUAGAAGAGAAAAUUCAGAAACUUCAGAAACAGCUCAGUGAUUUGAAACUGGCUAAUAAAAAUAUGAAAACCCAACUGACAAAAGUAAAUAUCCUUAAAGACAAAACAAUGAAAAAGCUCAGACGAUCUUUAAUAAAAAUUGAAGCAAUGAAAGGGAAGGCAGUUAUGAAAACAGACAACUUGAAAAUUACAUUAGACUCUGCAGAGCAAGAGGCAAGAAGGGACAAAGAGCGAGCCCAUCAGACCUUAGACAUUGUCAUUCCUGAGCUCUGCACAUCAAAGAGCCCACGUGAAGAAGUAUCAGGACAAGAGCUUGUUGACUUUCGAGAAACUAUUAUGAAGAUAUUGGGAUUUAACAAGAAAGCAGCAAACAAGGAAAUCGUUAAUCAUCUAAGACUUAUUAUACAAGCUUACCAAACAUCUAAAAAAUCAAAGAUUGCUUCUGAUUGUGAGACUGGGAAGGAUAAUGAAUAAAAACUACCUUUUCAUUACUACCACCAAGAACUUAGUAGGACAUUGCCUGCUACAUCUUGAAUAUGGCUACAUUAUGAAUAAAAUGUACUGAAACCUUUUUACUUGAAUAGUUCUCUCCUUUGA